CUCUGCCUCGAGUCGCCCUCUCCUGGCCUCGCUCUUCCCCACCACCGCACCCAAACCGCCCCUCCUGGCAAACCCUUCAUCCGUACCCCACUGCCUUCCCGCUUCAACAGCCCGAGCAAAGAAAACUCGUCGUCAGUAGUCUCUUCAUCGAGCUAUUCAUCCUAGUUUUUCUGAUCCCCGCACCGCUCUUUUUUCCCUUCCAGUUGCAUUUCAUACAUCGCGUGCUCUUUUGGUAGACACCUUCAUCUUCCUUCUCUAGACUUCUCAUCAGCCAACCGCCUCAACCACAACCACCACAAUCAUGAAAAACGACUCGCAGAUCCGCUCGCGACACUCGUCCCCCGCUGUCACUGACUCCCCCGUGCUCGUCGCCGACGCAGCCGUCCAGACGACCGGCACCGCCACGGGCGUCAAGGCCUCGCUGCUGUCAAAGUCGAAGCGCCGGCUGCUCAACAACAAGGAGCUGCUCGCGAAGAAGUACUUGCAGCGGAAAGCGGCCCUUGUGCAGAAAGGACGCAAGCUCAAGAAGGAGAUCCAGAUCAGCAAUUAUCUCAAGCCGGAUACUUCAAAGGUUACCUAUGGACGGACUCCUGAUGGCACUGUCUUUGCGGUCCCCACAACCGAGGACAUGGUCACCGCCCUGCUCGACCCUAGCAAGCCCAAGUCGUUUUCCGACUACCUCACGCUCACAAUCCUCACCUUCUACGUCAUCCUCUACUUUGCGCUUCCCAACCCGAUCUGCAAAUGGACCUUCCUCGGCAUCUACGCCGUCUCGCGCAUCGCCUACAACGGCGGCCUUGGCUUCCUGCUCUACCAGCAGUCCGUGCACAAGGCGCUCACCCGCUGGGCAGAGCAGUCGAUGGUCUUCAGCAAACCUGGCCCCAACGCGUCGUCGUUCAAGAAGUGGUCGUACGACCUCAUCAAGCGCGAGCUCUCGUCCAAGAUGGGCUCGGACUACGACUUUGAGUCCGUGCCGCUCGAGUACAACACCUGGCUCUUGUACCGCCGCGUCGUCGAUCUGAUCCUCAUGUCUGACUUCACCUCGUACAUGCUCUUUGCCUUUUGCUGCGCCAGCAUCCCCGAGAACCAGAGCAUGACGCUGCACGUCGGCCGCUGGCUCGCCGGCAUCUCGCUCUUCAUCUUCAACCUGUGGGUCAAGCUUGACGCGCACAGAGUCGUCAAGGACUACGCCUGGUACUGGGGCGACUUCUUCUUCCUCGAGGAUCUCGAGCUCUGCUUCGACGGUGUCUUUGAGCUCGUGCCGCAUCCCAUGUACUCGGUCGGAUACGCGGGAUACUACGGUAUCUCCUUGAUGGCCGCUAGCUAUACCCUGCUCGCUGUCUCCAUCGCCGCGCAUGCCAUGCAGUUUGCCUUCCUCUUCAUCGUCGAGAAUCCCCACAUUGCCAAAACCUACGGCCCACCACCCACAAAGGCGAAAAACUAAAAGUCCUAACUUUUCAUUCUCAAAAGUCACGCACACACCCCACCCCCAUCCCUCCUUCCAUCCACUUGCACCUCCUCCCUCCCGCGUUAAACAGAUAAACAGAAGAGCGAAACAGAAAGCCGAUAGGUAGACUGUCGACUGUGACCGUUUACGCGCAAGGAGUAAGGACGACAAUUGCUAUGGCGAAAAAACAUCAGGUACUUGUACUCAAGAUACAGCGGUUUCUUUUGGAUACUAUAUACAACGCAGAAGAGACUGAUUAAAUAAACAAAAUGCUGCAUUAUCAUUACUCCGCUUCAUAUUUUAUAUUAUACUUGUAUUUUAUUUAUAAAUAUAUUUUAGAAUUAAAGUAAUUAAACAGCGGGUUCGUGUG